CGUCGAGCUUCGAGAGGUUUCCAUCAUUGAACAGGCUGACACUCGAAAACCAAAUUCAAAAUCUACUCACCGAAAAAAAGAACCCAUUUUCUGAAUUCAGUUUUGUGGAAAAAUGCAUCGAUCUGCGUUUCCAUUAAUAUUGGUUUUACUGAUAAUUGUAGAGCUGAAUGCAAGCGUGACUGCAUUGUAUGGGCCAUCAUCCCCAGUUGUUCAGUUAAAUCCCUCCAACUUCAAGUCCAAAGUCCUGAAUUCAAAUGGUGUUGUUUUAGUUGAGUUCUUUGCCCCUUGGUGUGGUCAUUGUAAAGCAUUGACACCUACAUGGGAGAAGGCAGCCAGUGUCUUGAAAGGUGUUGCUACUGUGGCAGCUCUUGAUGCCGAUGCUCACCAAUCACUGGCUCAGGAAUAUGGAAUUAGAGGCUUUCCUACCAUUAAGGUCUUUGCUCCUGGGAAACCUCCAGUUGAUUACCAAGGAGCUAGGGAACUCAAGCCUAUAGCUGAAUUCGCACUGCAGCAGAUUAAAGCACUUCUGAAGGAACGUUUGAAUGGAAAGGCAACAGGAGGAUCGAGUGGGAAAUCAGAACCUAGUGCUUCAAUAGAAUUGAACUCGAGUAAUUUUGAUGAAUUGGUAACUAAAAGCAAAGAACUUUGGAUCGUAGAGUUCUUUGCACCUUGGUGUGGACACUGCAAGAAGCUUGCUCCCGAGUGGAAGAAGGCAGCUAAUAAUCUCAAGGGCAAGGUGAAGUUGGGUCAUGUAGACUGUGAUGCAGACAAAUCUCUAAUGAACAGGUUUAAUGUGCAAGGAUUUCCCACUAUCUUGGUUUUUGGGGCUGACAAAGACCACCCAAUCCCAUAUGAAGGUGCAAGAUCAGCCUCCGCUAUUGAGUCAUUUUCUUUGGAGCAGCUGGAAACAAAUGUUUCCCCUCCUGAAGUGACUGAGUUGACCAGCCCCGAUAUUUUGGAAGAUAAGUGUGGUUCAGCAGUCAUCUGUUUUGUUGCCUUCCUUCCUGACAUUUUGGACUCCAAGGCAGAAGGCAGGAAUAAGUACCUGGAAUUUCUGUUAUCAGUUGCAGAGAAAUUCAAGAGAAGCCCUUACAGUUACGUAUGGGCGGCUGCAGGUAAUCAGCCAGAUCUUGAGAAGCAUCUUGGAGUUGGUGGCUACGGUUACCCUGCUUUGGUAGCCCUAAAUCUGAAGAAGCAGUUAUAUGCUCCACUUAAGAGUGCAUUUGAGCGUGAUCAGAUAAUAGAAUUUGUGAAAGAAGCUGGACUCGGUGGGAAAGGUAAUCUGCCUAUGGCAGCCACCCCUGUGGUUAGGAAGACUGAACCCUGGGAUGGUAAAGAUGGACAAAUCAUUGAAGAAGAUGAGUUCUCGCUUGAAGAACUUAUGGGGGAUGACACUGGAAGCAAGGAUGAAUUAUAGCUUAUAUGCUAAUUUAGAAAAUGAGAAUUUGAGUUUGAAAAAACACGUAAGUUUUGGUGAACAAGUUGUUGUAUUGCCUUGAACAUUAAUUUUCUGACAUUUGACUAUGAUCCUAUGUGUCCGUUAAUGCCCUUGAACCUCAACUUCAAAAUCUCUCCGAUGAACAGCUGCAAAAAGGAAGCUUGGAAUGCAACAUGUCGAUGUUCAGGUUGCCUAUAAUUGGCUAAAUAUAUGUAUACAAUACUGUGUAAUGGGGGCAAAUGCAAGAAUGUGACUAUUUGUUUCCUGGUAA